CCUCGAUUUCUGAAGCAUGUGAGACAGCUACAGACAUGCAAACAUUACCCUCCUCCGAACGGAUGCUUAAGGUGAUGUGUCAAAAAAGCCUCGGUGUAGUGUAUGCCUUCAGCAUAUUCUCCGUAGUGAUUACAUCGGUAUUUCCCCAGCCGGCCACAACAAUUCUUUGUGAACGGAGAUGUGAAUCGUCCACUCCAAACUUAGGAAGGCUUAAAUUACUGUGGCACAGGAUGUCAAAGAGAAUAGGCAAAGAUGACAUGUCGUUUGCUGCCUUUGUCCAGUCCCUGAUCGCUGCCUCAGAAAGAUACAGUAGACUUGAACCUGUGGGGAACUAUUUGAUUACUAUGAUUGAUAGAUAUCAAGAUUGCGUUAAAGCAUGUGAACAUCAACACAGUAAGCGGGCCGAGGAGCGCACCGCUGAUUCGUAUAUUAGAAAACAAAUUUGUAUUUCCAAAGGCUUGUGUUUAUGACAAGAAUACCUAAAACAAACAUUGAGAGAGACUUUUGUGAAGUGAUCAGAUCUACGACCAAACCGAUAAGGAGACUGUAUCAGAACUUUCAAAGUCUAUAUUAAGAUUUAUGAUGUUAAAUGUGGUAGCCAUAUGCAUUUUGUUUCGACUCUUUCUUUUUACGUCAUAUUUUUUAUAUCAAUUCAUGUUUUUAUUUUAAAUGAUAAUGCUGAGCUUUGAAACAACAAUGAACUUAUAUGAUAUUGUCUAUAUUGUCUCUGAAAAUUGAAGAUAAAAUGAUUGUUAAAAAAGGGAUAAAUACUUUCAGCCAUG